GCAGACUGGUUGGACUUGUUCCUAGAUGAUUGAAGAACCGGUUUGACUGGCUUCAUAUGCCAACAAAUUCUGGUAUCAUUCCAUGUUACACAGAAUGUAGAAACCUGCCCAGCGAGUUGAAUGAAAAGCAUAUUAGGAUAUCCAUUGCACAUUGUAUAUAUGUGAGGUGUAGCUCCACUUGCAUACACACCAGCGGCAGCUGCCCCAGGAUGGUCCAGGUUACAUUUCACCAUCUAUAUGUGAGCCUGCAGCUAUAGGACUGACAUAUAGCAUUCCACAGGAACAUUACACAACUGUAGGAGGAGGUACAUAAGAAAAAGGAUACUCAAUAAUGGCUAUAUGGCUUGAACAGUGUAACCAAAAGUGAUUGGAGCAAGUCUUUUUACGAUGAAUGUAUCUGGAGGCAGCUGCAGCAGUCCCAGCUCUACUGACAGUCUCCCUGCUGGUGACUUAUUUAAAGACCUGUGGACAAAGCUAAAGGAAUGUCAUGACAAGGAGCUUCAAGAACUUCUAGUGAAAAUCAACAAACUGAAGACACAGAGAUGUUUGGAUGCCCAGAGACUUGAAGAAUUUUACACUAAAAACCAGCAGCUCAGAGAGCAGCAGAAGGCACUACAUGACACAAUCAAAGUUUUGGAAGAUCGGCUCCGAGCUGGACUGUGUGACCGCUGUGCAGUAACUGAAGAGCACAUGAGAAAGAAACAACAAGAAUUUGAAAACAUUCGACAGCAGAACAUGAAACUCAUAACUGAGCUUAUGGAAGAAAAAAACACACUGCAGGAUGAAAACAAAAGACUCUCAAAGCAACUUGAGCACAUGCAGAAGGCGGCAACAGACACAAAGCUGAAGGCACAUGAGGAAGAUACAGCCAGUCAUGAAGAUGGCGAGGAUGGCAUUAUUCCCGAUUCACCAAUUAGUUCUAUUUCUGCAAAUGUGGUUAGUAGAAUGCGCAGAAGAAAACUGAAUAAGCAUAUUCGCUAUACAGAACGCACACAAGAUGAAUCGGAGAUUUCAGAAACCACAAACGGUUCUGCAGUAAGGAUAUUUACCUCCACACAAGAAAAUAACAGGCAAGCAGAGACUGUCUUGGUUGCUGAUACCUGUGCAUUAAAGGUGUCUCCAGUUCCCUCCAAACAUGAAGUUGACGAUUUUACAUCAGAGAAACCACUCUUUAACUUGGCAGCUGUUGUUGCCGAAACAAUUGGUCUUGAGGAAUCUCAAUCCCAGAGUGUAUUAAACACUGCCAGGACCAGUGCAGCUACAGUACUUGGUAAAAAUGAAGACCAUUCCCUAGGAAACAGUGAGCUAGGGUUUUCAGAGAAUUUACAAAGCAAUGUACAUGAAAUUGAGUGGGACGCCCAUCGAGUGUCACCAGUAUUUGGGAUACCUACUUCAAAACUGGAAAAUGAUGGCACACUGGACACUAGUGUGUCUCUCCUGCCUCCUGGAAUAAACCUGAACCAACAGCUUCCUAACAGAAGCCCUCUUCACAUACUUUCGAAGCGCGAAGAUGCCUCUGUGGUGACUAUCAAUCUGUGCCAAGAAGCAGACUCUGUAAUUAGUCAGUGCUCGGGCAACAAACAGGUGUCUUUAAAGCGAACACCCGCUGACUCGGCUAUCAGUGGAGAAAGCGCAAAUUGUGCUUUUGUUUCCAAAAAUUAUCUUGAAACUGAUGUUUAUAGGCAGACAAUGGGCAGGUGUGUGAAGCGAAAAAAAGUAGAAAAUGAUGUAGAAAAAAAUAGUGAAAUGUCUUCUCUUAACAAAGAAAACAAUUUUCCCUUGAAAACUUCCACUAACACUAAAGAUAACUGCCUAGACAAGCCAUUGGAUCUCUCUGAUCGUUUCUCAGGAUUGCACCCUCAGGAGAGUAGUCGUGAAAACCACAGAAGAAAACUAAAACAAGCUACCAUCCAGGAAACCCUGAAGACCACAACUAACAGUACUUCAUCACUACUCUCCAAAGAAAUAAGGAAAGAUGCCUCACUGCAAAUGGAUAACGAAAGGAUUCUUAAAGGAGAUCCUGGGGCUUCUUGUAAGCAUGAAGAUACCAAAGUAGCCCAAGGUGGCAGUCGGCUGUUUGAUGAUAUGGAGGCCGGAGGAACCCACAUGUCAAAGAGGAUGGGCAGGUCAGUGCAGAGAGGUUGUGAACCAGCAUCUGUGUUGCAAGCAAACCCACACAUGUUUCAAACCAGAGAUAAAGUUAUGGUCACCGAGCAAGGGAAAGCAUCUGUCGACAACAUGCAAUGGAGCAUUGACCCAGGGGCAAACCUUUCUCAGUAUAAAAUGGAUGUCACUGUGAUGGAGAAUAAGGAUGGGAGCCAAGGCAAUGCAGAAGUUGAUGAUACGGACUACACAUAUGUCAAUGACAGCGUGCUGUUGAAGAUGAAAGAUCAGGAGUGUGCAGACAACAGUACAUUAGCAGCCGAGGAAUGUAAAGGCCAUGACAGCUUUUCAGAAAUGUUCGAAAAGACGGAGUAUGAGGAAUAUGUUUCCUAUACUCAGGAAUCCAGCCCUUCCCAGAGACUGGAUGUAAAGGAAGAAGGUGAUGUUUUUACACUGCCAAAGAGACCACCCAGUGAUAAAGAGAAUCAAGCCAAAGGAAUGAUUUACCAGAAACAGAAGGCAUAUGUGGAGCCUUAUGCGCAAACCAGUGAAAGAAAAAAGCCUACUGUGGAUUUUCCUCAUAUUGAGGUUGUGCGAAACAAGGAGGAAAGGAGAAAACUGCAUGGCCAUACUUGUAAGGAAUGUGAGAUGUAUUAUGCAGACCUCCCAGAAGAAGAACGAGCUAAGAAACUGGCCAGCUGCUCCCGUCACCGGUUCCGCUACAUCCCACCAAGUACACCAGAAAAUUUUUGGGAAGUGGGCUUUCCUUCAACGCAGACCUGCAAAGACCGAGGUUACAUAAAAGAGGAAAUGUCACCUUGUCAGCGACCACGAAGACGUCUUCCCUACAAUGCAAUGUUUUCUACCAAAGGCAAAGAGCAGAAGACUUAAAACCACACUCAUUCACUUAUUACUUAUAAGGAAGAAGUCAGGAUAGAAAUAUGGGGCUGCCAUUGCUGAAUUGUUUUUUAAGGGGCACGUCAUGGAUAUGUCAUCCUUAUCCUGUCUUCACAGUUUCAUGAGUCCUGUGACCUAGAACCAGAGUUCAUACCAGGUGUGCCAACACCUCACUGGUUGUGGGCUUGUUCAGGUUAGCAAGGAUAUAAGUUUGGGCUCCUGAAGAAUGUACCUUCAAAAACAAAUCUAAUCUCUAUUCUGAAAAGUUCCCUUUAAAUUUGUUCUUUCAAAAUAUUACUCUGCUCUGUUUCCAUUAAUAGUGCUGUAGCUGAAUUUGCGUUUUGCUGCCAUUUUAGAGUGUGGGACUUGUAGAGUAAUUUAGACUUGAUACGCCUAUAUGCUAUAUGGAUACAUAUACUGUAUACUUGGGUAGCUCAUCAUACAGGAAUACGGAUGGUAUGCUGUAAACUGUCUGUCUUAGUUCAGCUUACUCGGUGGGUCUUGUAGUUAGGGAACCAUUCACUUCUGCCAAGGUCUCUACUGCUUUCUACCUGAUACAGAGGGUUAGAGCAAAUCGUGGUUUAUUCUGUCAGAACAAAGUAUCUGCAGUUGUAUUUAAUAUGUAUAUUUUUUAAUUUUCUAUGUGAAUGUUCAUGUUUUAGCACCUUUUUUUUUUUAAUUUGUAGGGUGCUGUGUUUGCACUGGAUAAUUUAAAUACACACAGCAUAAUGUAAUUGGUAAUAAAAUAAAUGUGAAUCCUC